AUGCACGAGCUCUUGUGCAAACAGAUCGUACUUCGUCGGUCGGCGCCGUCUGAACGGCUUGGCCUCGGAAUCGCCAUUGAAAGCGACGAUGAGGAUAACAGGGUACUGUCGGUGCGCGUGGAGCAGGUGGAUGCAUGUUCGAUCGCUUCUCGAAGCGGUCUGCAGGUGGGCGACCGCGUGUGCAGCGUUGCUGGGACUGAUGUUCACCAGUGCUCCAGAAUGGAGUGCUUAGCGCUGUUGCAGCAACCUACCAUGACGGUCACCUUGGUCAUUACUCGUCGAGUAACACAAAACACGUCUGUUUUAUCCGAUUCUCGAAAUCUGCUCUCCUUUGCUUUGUCCUUCAUGCAGUUAUUUUUCUAUGUUUUUCCAGAAGCGUGUCGCAGGUGA